AUGUCGUCUGCAAGCGAAUACAUCGAUGCAUCCAACAUCGUGCUUUCGUACGAGUCCGCACAAGGACCUGCAAAUAUUACAUUUGGAGAAAUUGAUCAGUACAUCCACCAGCAGUUGAUUCUCUCCUCUGUGUUUGGUGUGAGAAUUGGGCUAGCCACGAUCUGCUUACCGGUGACAUAUCUCAUUACAAAGAACAAGAAAACGCCGAUCUUUGCGCUCAACCUCUCAUGUCUUGUCGUUUUAUUUAUCCACUCGAUAAUGUACAUGUUUACAGUUCACAACAGCUAUUCCACAGUCAGCACGUAUUUUUCAGGCUACACUUACUUCAACCAGAACGCAUCUGCUGUGACGGCAGCUACCAACACCUUCUACUUCAUUCUCAUCACUUUGGUUGAGUGCUCACUCACAUACCAAGUUUACAUCAUCUUCAGAUCCCCAAGCAGUCGAGUCCGGCUUCUUGGCUACCUUGUGACGUUUAUCUCGGCAGUUGUUGGACUCGUGACCAUUGGCUUCUACCUUGCCUACCUCAUUCUGGCAAACGAGGUGAAUUUCUUCGAUAUCCUCGCAGUUCCAGACUGGCUAGUGAAUACGCCGCUUUUCUGCUUUACAGGAUCUUCCUGCAUCACUUCCAUCCUCUUAAUCUUGAAGCUUGGCCUAGCCAUCCGCACAAGAAGAAUAUUGGGCCUCAAGCAAUUCAGUAUCUUCCACAUUCUCUUCAUCAUGGCCUUUCAGACGUUGAUCGUCCCUACUGUGAUCAUCAUUCUCUCAUUCCAUGGUGUCAAGUCUCCAUAUGCUCUAUCAGCAAUUGGUUUGGCUCUAGUCGCUCUUUCUCUCCCUAUAACAACCAUGUGGGCCAACUCUGUUUUGGACGGAAAGCUUCCUAGCUCCUCUGCCAAUACAUAUAUUCCUUACAUGGCCAACUUGAAGAACAGACCGGAUGCAACCACUCCACAGUCAUCUGCUACACUUUCAGGCUUUGAUUAUGGGCAAAAAAAGGAGGAAACACACACUGCAUCCUGCCUAACAAGUCCCGGAACUCUAGGUGAUGAGACUAAUACCGAAGAUCCGAAGUUCUGGAGGCAGGUCGAGAUGUAUGCAGACGUUUUGGAUCCUAACGACUUGGAAAAGGAGGAAGAUGGUACUGGAGAAGCCGAAGCAGAGAGUUGCGAUGAAACAACCUCUCCUGCCAAUAACAACCCGGCAGAUAAGGCUUAG